AUAAUCCAUUUUAUUAUUGAACCCUCGAGAGGAUGCAUGUGCAUUGAACUUAUGUGCAAUAGUUUAUUUUAAAAUCUUAAUAAACAUUUAGUGCCAUGGAAAGUGUAUCUGUUAUGUAUUGUUUAUACAUUCUUUUGAUAGUAUUGUUGACAGUAUGUGCCGUGGUUGUUUUAGCCAGUGUAUAUUUCAAAUAUGUUGAUGCUGAAGGAAUAUUGAUGGGAAAAAUACCCCAUCUUAAAGGAGUACCGAUUUUUGACAACACUUUUGAUUGCCUUUUGAACUGUGAACAAUUAUUCCAAUUCAUAAGAAACCAGUACAAAAGAUACAGAGGUAUUUUUGGUCUUCGUGGAUUUAAUUAUCGGUUCGUGAACAUUUUUGACCCUAAAGAUGUUGAGAAAAUACUGUCUGCGUCUAAUUUCAAUACCAAACGUAUUCCCUACACCUUCCUUCAACAUUGGCUUGGAACUGGUCUGCUGAUUAGUAACGGUGAUAAAUGGCAUGAAAGAAGAAAGAUGUUAACGCCAGCUUUCCAUUUCAAAAUCUUAAAGAAAUUCCUGAUAAAUAUCAACGAACAGACUGAACAGUUGUUAGACCUGAUACAAGAUGAGGUUGGCAAAGAAAGAACAGAGCUGUUUCCAUUGAUUGCUAAGUCCACGCUGCAGACUAUAUGUGAAACCUCUAUGGGCGCAUCGAUGCGAGAAGACAUCAAAUCAGUGACUAACAAAUACUUUCAAGCUAUCCACAUAUUAGGAAAGUGCCUCAUGUACCGACUUUCCAGAAUCUGGUUUUAUACUGAACCAUUUUUCUAUGUGAGUAAAUGUUCUAGAAUUCAGAGAGCCGCUCUGACAGAUCUGCACAAAUUUACAAGACAGAUAAUCAGGGAACGGAGGGAGUAUAUAAAACAGAACAAGAUCACAACAUUGGAUGACGAUGAUGAUGUGUACGGCAAGAAGAGCCGGAUGGCGAUGCUGGACCUCUUGCUGGAGCAAGAGAAGCUGGGGAACAUCGACGAAGACGGCAUCCGAGAGGAGGUCGAUACCUUCAUGUUUGAGGGUCAUGAUACGACGGCGACCGCACUAUGCUUCAUGAUCAUGAGGAUAUCAAACGAACCUCUUGUGCAGAAUCUGAUAUAUGAAGAGGUACAGCGAGUUCUAGGAGGAUCAGAACACAGCCCCACGAUGGAACAGCUUGGAGACAUGAAGUACCUGGAGUGCUGCAUCAAGGAGUCCCUACGGCUAUAUCCUGCGGUGCCAUUUAUAUCCCGCGUGGUCUAUGAAAAUGUUGAACUAAGUGGAUACAUGGUUCCCAAGUCUACAGAGAUCAAUAUCCACAUAUUCGACAUCCAUCGUCUAGAAGACAUUUACCCUGAGCCUGAGAAGUUCAUCCCAGAGAGGUUCUUGCCAGAGAACAGCAGUAAACGCCAUCCUUAUGCCUACAUACCAUUUAGUGCAGGGGCUAGAAACUGCAUAGGUCAAAAAUUUGCCAUGUUGGAAUUGAAAUCGGUGAUGGCAGGCAUUAUCCGAAGGUUCAGCUUGGAGCCGGUCACCAGGCCAGAAGAGAUCAAAUUCGCGGCACAUCUGGUGUUGCGCUCUGUGAAUCCAAUGUAUGUGCGAUUUACAAACAGAAAAGUUGCGGUAGAAAACUAAUGUUAAGAGAAUUGUUUUUUGGCGUUCGAUCAUAAACCAAUAAUUAAUUGUAAUGUGAAAAUAAUAAAUAAAUUACGAAAUGAUA